UGAAGAGUACUUUUAUUCUCCUAUUCUCGCUGAAUACUACCUGCCGCUGGUCGUCUACUCUUCUUCCUCUUCGUCUAUUAAAUCUUCAACCACAAGACUUCCGCCCCGGCCCAUCUUUUGCCCAAUCGUGAUUGUCUUACUGGGGUGGAAGGUCUCCCGUGGUAGCACCGAUGCAACUUGGAAGCCAUACUUGUGCUCGUACCCCUCUGGCUCAGUCGCCUUCUCAUUCAGAGGUCCUUCUUGUAGAAGGCCAUAACACUCCACAAACGCAUAAAGUUCCUCCAAUGUGGUGUCGCUGGCAAAUCUGCGGAUGACCCGCCCGCCACCAGCGGAAGCCGGCAUGUUGAGAGCCAACCUGACGGCAUCCUUCGUGUCCGGCUCCGGCGCAACGGUCGUGGCCCGCCAAAUUCUCCACUGCCUCCGUAGCUCCUCCUGUCGGGCUGCCCUUUCGGCUUCUUCCAGAGCACGCUUCUCAGCCGCUGCCGCUGCCGCCUCAGCCUCGCGCUUUUGUCGGGCUCGCUCGCGGUCACGGGCUAGCGACCUCUCGUAUGCAGAGUCCUGCUCAUUCCUCAGAUUCCGGGCAUGUUCCUGGGCCGCCCUCUCAGCCCGCACGCCGUUAAGAUCGGGAGAGUACUUCGUAAUCGCAUCCUGGAGCCCAGAAAGGUAAGCGGCUGGCGUCAUGGGUCCAACCAGACGCUUGACAAUCCCCAUCCUUGUGCUGCCCUCCUUGGGGGUGAGGCAUACCAAGCACGAAAAGGGGUACUUGAGACAGGAAUACUCGUUGGCCACCUGAUGGGCUUCGGGGUCGGCCACGUUUCCUCCCCAAAGGAUGAUGUUGUUGGAGGGAUCCGAGAUGUAGCUGACAACAUCGGGGCUGAGGAGUGUGUUUCGAAUAAAGGAGUCGGUGUCGUCAUGCUCGGGCGAUAUCAACACCAUCAGGAAAAACUUGAGGUCCCUCUUUGCCGUGUCCAGAGCUUGGGCAUGGCCUCCCUCGAAGAACACGAGGCCGUGAGUGCCGUAUGCCUCCUCAAACUCGCGCCGAAACCUCCUGGCUGCCUCCUGUGGCAGUGUCGCAGUCCGUCCAUGAGCCUGGCCCAGGCCCCUGAUGGUCGUACCCAGGUAUCGUGGCCGGAACGAGGCAGGUAGGAAUGCGAAGAAGAACGAGAUGAUCCGGCCAAAAACACCCAAUACACCUCUCGUCAAGCUCCAUGUGGUUGAAAAUGGCGCCAAAAGAAUCGACAGUAGUCCUCGGGGCCGGAUGCUAACCGGCUGCUGCGGCACCACUCGUGGGGCAGCUUCUGUUCUUGGGGACCUCGUUCGUCUCGGCCUAUCAUCGUCGGCAUCCAGGAAGCUCUCGUGUAAGUUCUCAUAUCUUGCCGCGGCUGGCCGAGGAUUAUCCUGUGCAGCCUGGGCCUCAGCAACCAGGUCGGGCCCGUCACCGUCAAAGAAUUUGGCGAUAGCUAUCUGGAGGGCGUGUCAGCACUCUUUCCAAACGUUUGCUCUCAUGCGAAGUGCCUGACUGGGUGGAGGAAAAGAUACGCACUUGGACAUUCCACUGUGACCUCUCCAACAAGGGCACCGCAUCCUUGAUUUCUUGGCCUGUGACAUCGGUGUAUUGCUGAAGAGCCUCCUGCUGCUGGGAGGAGAGCUGGCCCAGAUCAAAUUCAACGCCGUCCGCCAUGUUGAGGGUGGCGUGGUCCCAAUUCCCGAAGCUGUGGUUGGUGGCCCAGAGCUGCCGUCGUGGUCAAAUCAGUUAGCCCAAGGCAAUGCUUUGCAAAGAACACGUCGGUGGUGCGGUUGAGAAUGGCGCCAAGUCACGAUUAAUUGUUAGAUGCACCGAGCUUGUUCUGGCUGUUGCCAGCUCUUGAGGCGAUGCCCGGCGUCCGGAUAUCAAACAGAUAACACGUUGUACGAAUGAUACUGGUGUGGUGGAAGAGAUAGCCGCAUCGGGUCGCAACACGUCAACCUCCGCGUCCCAGAGUUACGGCACCGGGUGCAAACUGCUCAACAGCUUGUCUGGGUGAAUGAGAGGAAAACAGGAGUGGCAGGGCUCAACAAGUUGAGGAAGGCGACAGAGACAGAUGGUGAGGGUGAGGUCAGCCUUGGUCCUCAGAUUCACACAACGAAUAUAUAUAUCUAUAUAUCUCUAUAUGCGGAGCAUGAUGUCAGCAACCCCGCUUAGAAGAAUGGCCUCCCAGCAAGAGUCCGUGCUCCUCCACCUGCUCCUCCUCGAGGCUGAAUGGCCAAGAAGCCAGGAGUUGGGGCCCCCACCCCACUCUUAGCGCGCGGGCACCCGCGACGACCCUCUUGAGAGUUCUCAUGCUUUCUCUUCACCUGGGCACAGUCAGCACCGUCCCCAUUCUAUACCCGGUGAGCGCAUUGGUUCAGAGCUUGUCCAGAUUUUGGCAGCGACGUCAACUCGAAAUUCUUUCCAUCGUCCUUUCUGCCGCCAUAACCCCUCCUGGACAGCCCAAGGUUGCUUCGAUAUAGAGCCCGACCACUGCCACCCGCCCCAUUGAUCGCCUGCUGUGCGCUUCCUUUGUCUCGUGCCGCUGCCAUAGCCUCCAGUUUGAUAGUAGCAGCAGCCAGUCGCUUCAAAACACGGUUUCUUCUUGGCUUGCGACCAGCUGUGUAUUGCGCUUCUCUUUCCCAGCUUGUGUCCAGUUCCAUGGAUGCCUUUUCGGCCCUCUAAAGCAAAACAUGGGAGGAUUAAGCUACCUGUCUUCAAAUCUCUUAGAAACGUCCGAGGCAUUCCCAUUCUUCCAUCCUUGAUAUAGAGUAACCGAUUCGCCAUGGCCGCAUCACGGUACAACUCCAACGACCUGCGGCGGCAGGUCGGCUCGCCGAGAUCGAAAGGACGAGAUACCAAGGACACCCUUUGCCGCAACGUUGUGAUAUACGGGCACUGCCGAUACAUGGACACGACCUGUAAUUUUAACCACGACCAAAACAAGCCAGCUUCUGGCCCUUCCGAUUUUCUUUCCAAGAAAUCUUUCAAUGCCGAUUCACCUUCCUUCACGCCCUCGGGCCAAAACCUGGGGCAAGCCAAGAAGACCACCCUUUCUUCUCAAGCAGCAAAUGCUGCGCCCUUCACCCCUCGCGGUGUCACCGCGAGCACGCAGCAGAAUGCUGAUUUGACCAUGUUCAACCCAGCUGGUGCGCGAGAGUUUACUCCGUCAGGCAACACACAGAACUAUGAACUAGGAAACAGCAAUAUGGGGAAUGGCACAGCCCAAGACAAUGGCGUUUUCAGCGAUCCGUUUGCCAUGAACUCAAUGGCCCCUGCCCUUGCGAACAAUGCACCUUUCAAUCCCUACGCGGGUGAUCCCAGCGCGGUCUCGGGUGCUGGGGCGGGCUUCUAUUCUUCAGGGGGCGCGUAUGCCUCUGUUCCCAUGCAACAACCAAACUAUCAUCUGUAUCAGCCGUACGAUGCCUAUCGAGGAGAGCUGCAACCUUGGCAGCGGUCCACCUAUGACUAUUUCAUCCCAGCUGCCAUGCGAGAGGAGAUACAAAAGAAGAUGUUUGCUACACAGCAUACAAUGCCGGGCCUGCCCAAGCUCGAGAACUACCACUCUCUGUUCUCACUGGACACCAGCCACAGGAAAAACACUGCCUGUUUUGGCUACCACAGUUGGGUGUACAAGGCUCAAAAAGUGACGACUGGGCUGCACUACGUCCUCAGACGUUUGGAAGGGUACCGCUUGUCAAAUGAUCAAUCGGUUAUGAGUGUGAUGAGGGACUGGAAAAAUGUCAGACAUGAGAAUAUUGUGUCGUUUCACGAAACCUUUACUAGCCAAAACUUUGGCGACAGCUCCCUCAUCUUUGUGUACGACUGGCAUCCUCUUGCCAAGACGUUGGCCGAACAACACUUCUCUUCGCCCCUGGGGAACAACCGACAAAGAUAUCCCGCUGUGCCGGAAGGCAUACUCUGGAGCUACGUUUGUCAGAUCGCAAGCGCUCUCUAUUACCUACACAACAAAAAUCUUGCAGCACGGUGUCUGGACCUCAGCAAGAUUCUCGUGACGGAGAAAAGCCGGAUUCGACUGGGGUCAUGUGCCAUCUUGGAUGUGGUGCAAUAUGACCACAACCGUCCGAUUCAGGAGCUGCAGGGGGAGGAUCUGGUCAAAUUUGGCAAAGUCAUUCUGUGUCUGGCCACGGGCAUGCCUCCAAACUUGCUGCAGUCCAGCAAUACGAAGGCAGCCCUCGACUCGCUGGUUAAAUACUCGCGCUCCUUGAGGGACGCUCUGCAGUUCCUUCUAUCACCAGUCGCGCCGAACGGCCAGCCACACACCAUUGCACACUUUCUCACCAUGAUUGCGCCGCAGCUUGCUCAGCAGGCAAACAACACGCUCCGAGAAAACGACGAGCAGCAGUACUGGCUCGCUCGCGAGAUUGAGAACGGCAGGAUCGCACGCAAUGUGAUGAAGCUAUCAGCCAUACUGGAACGUGGCGAUUUGGGCAGCCAGUCCAACUGGUCAGAGGUGGGGGAUCGCUUUCAGUUGAAGCUCUUCCGCGACUAUGUUUUCCACCGUGUGGAUGCCAGUGGCAAGCCCGAUCUUGGUCUGGGCCACAUGUUGAGUUGCAUGAGCAAGCUCGACGCUGGCGUGGAUGAGCAAAUCAUGUUGACGAGCCGCGACAACGAAACGGUUUUUGUCAUUACAUACCGAGAACUCAGGGGCAUGUUUGAGCGCGCGUUUAAUGAGCUCAUCAAGUUCAGCAAGUCGCCUGGGCUUUAAGGGUUUGCUAUAGGGGGUGGGCUGGUUCCUCUCUUUGGUGAGAGGCACGUUGCGAUCUGGAGAUAUUCUGAAGGAGGUGUUCGGGAAGCCUAUUCGAACGACCACCCUGAGGAGAAACAAAGGGGAUGAAGGCAGGCCAAAGCUUUCAGUGGGGGGUAAUAACAAGCUGAGGGGCGGGGAGCGUCAAGAAGAACAACGGAAUGGUGAGGGGCUGGACGACGAAAGGCACUGAGGAUGUCAAACAGUCGGACAAUAACGAGCCUCGAGACAACGAGGAUGAGGAAACAGCACGGCAGGGAAAGGCAUUAUCCAGCCUCCACGCGAAGGCCAGCACGGACCCGAAGACGAUAAAUCGAGGGACAAACUGCCAUCUGACGAGAUCCUCGGGGAGGAAUAUCCAAGGGGGAAAAGGGAAGCGGAAGGAAGUUGACGAGAAGCGUUGGGGGGAUAGUAGAUGGAUAAAUGUAAAUCGCAGACGAGGGAGACUUGUGGACAGGGGUGAUGGAGGUGCGAUGACGUGGACAGUGUGAAUCAGGUGAGCAAAGGCGGCAGAAAGGUGAAAGGAGAUGAGCG